AUGGAUCGUUCUCGGAGCCCGGACAAAAGCACCCAGCCUCCAACACCAACUGACAACAUCAACCUUGGACCUUCUGCUAACCCAAAUGCCAAGCCAACAGACUUUGACUUCCUGAAGGUUAUUGGCAAAGGAAGCUUUGGAAAAGUUCUCCUGGCCAAACGCAAGUGUGAUGGGACUUUUUAUGCUGUGAAAGUCUUGCAUAAGAAAACCAUCUUAAAGAAAAAAGAGCAAAACCACAUCAUGGCAGAGCGCAACGUGCUCCUGAAAAAUGUCAAGCACCCCUUCCUGGUGGGACUCCAUUACUCCUUCCAGACCUCAGAGAAGCUUUACUUUGUGCUUGACUAUGUAAAUGGGGGAGAGCUCUUCUUCCACUUGCAAAGGGAACGUUGCUUCCGUGAGCCCCGGGCCCGGUUCUAUGCUGCAGAAGUUGCUAGUGCCAUUGGGUACCUGCAUUCCUUAAACAUCAUCUACAGGGACUUAAAACCUGAGAACAUCCUCCUGGAUUGUCAGGGGCACAUAGUACUGACAGACUUUGGACUCUGCAAAGAAGGAAUGGAGCAAGAGGAGACAACUUCUACUUUUUGUGGCACCCCCGAGUACUUGGCUCCUGAGGUGCUGAAGAAGCAGCCGUAUGACAGGACAGUUGACUGGUGGUGCCUGGGAGCUGUCCUCUAUGAGAUGCUCUUUGGUCUGCCUCCUUUUUAUAGCCGGGAUGUAUCUCAGAUGUAUGACAACAUCCUGCACAAGCCACUCCAGAUCCAAGGGACCAAGACUGUGGCAGCUUGUGACAUCCUCCAGGGACUUCUCCACAAGGACCAGAAGAGCAGGCUGGGUGCCAAGACAGACUUUCUUGAGAUAAAGAACCAUGUGUUCUUCAGCCCAAUAAACUGGGAUGACUUGUACCACAAGAGGAUUACUCCUCCAUUUAACCCCAAUGUGGCUGGUCCAGCUGAUCUGAGACACUUUGAUCCCGAGUUCACCCAAGAAGCCAUCUCUGCCUCCAUCACUCACACGCCUGACCUAGCAGCCAGCAGCUCCAGUGCCUCAGAUGCAUUUUUAGGAUUUUCCUAUGCACCAACUGAAGAGGACAUCUAGGUUUUAUAAAGGCUUUGAGAAGCCAGGUUUUUAACUGAAUGUGGUUUUUUAUGUUUGCUCCUUCCUUUUUUUUGUAUAAAAGUUUGGUACUGUUCUUUGUUCAUGGUUUAAGGAAAUUGGGACUAAAACACUAACUG